UUGCAGGCGGAGGAGGUCCAGCAGCAGAUUAUUCGGGAGACUUUCCACCUGGUGCUGAAGCGGGACGACCACAUCUGCAAUUUCCUGGAGUGCGGCAGCCUGUUUGGUGGCUCGGACUACAAGCUGAUCUACCGCCACUACGCCACACUGUACUUCGUCUUCUGCGUGGACUCCUCGGAGAGCGAGCUGGGCAUCCUGGACCUCAUCCAGGUGUUUGUGGAGACGCUGGACAAGUGCUUUGAGAAUGUCUGUGAGCUGGACCUCAUCUUCCACAUGGACAAG